CUGUUUAUACCUUAUGCAAUAGUGCAUCGCUUUACAUUUUGUAAGACACGCAAUACUUAUUGCAUUGAUUGUGAGUGAUUAAAUUGGAGAAAACCGAACACUACGUAUUUAGACAUGGAUGUUUUACCGCCAUUGUUUGAAAUGGACGACUAUAACAGUUGUUUAGGAAAUAAUGGGAACUAUUUUUGUAGUGUCCAAGGAAUACUUGAUUUCAGUUUUCAAAAUAGUAGUAUCAGAGAGUUUAUUAAGAAUUUAACCACUAAUAAAUCAACAUUUGAUAGAUCUAUUAUCCACAGAGGUCUCUGCAUACCUAAAGGAGGUGAAUAUCAUGAUCAAAAUACUAUUCGCAGUUAUAGUAGUAGUAUAAUUAAUGGAAGAAUACGUCGUGAUUUUAAUCUAACUGCUACUGUUGAUGAUGUAACGUGUAUAGACAACAUCAAAGAAGUAACCAGUUUUGAUAAGGUUAUAUUAAAUCUGGAAUUAAGACAUUUUAAAAACUCAACAACAUAUUUAAUAUCAUACCAGUCAACUAUUUCUAUAUGGUCCAGCAGUUUUAUUGGAGUAAUUAUGGGUAAUUUGUAUUAUAACAAGAAACAUACUGUUUACAGUAAAACUUGGAAACUUAAUAUCUUGUGGAGUCUUUCAUGUUUUGGUUUAACUGGCAUCAGUUUACUUCUGUGUCAUACUGAAGUGACAGAUCGUUUGGUAGCAGCAGUUCUAGGAUCACUUGUGAAACCCAUGUAUACUCUGGGUGUAGGUCUUGGAAUAUGGGCAAUGUCAUAUAAUUUUGGAGGUAUAAUGAAGAGAAUACUGGAAAACAAAAAUAUUGUAUUACUUAGCAAUUUUACUUUCUGCGUAUAUUUAUUACAUACCGGAGUAAUUAACGUUUUACAUUCUUCUACUUAUGAGCCAAUAGUAUUCAAUGAAUUAGUAAUGAUAAAAGAUUAUUUUUUUACUGUAAUAAUCAGUUUUGUACUGGGAAUUAUAGUAACAUUAGCAAUUGAAGAGCCUGGAUUAAUAUUACAAAAGAAGUACUUACCACAAGUAUCCAAAUGGGUCCACCAAAUUAAGGAAAGAAAUCAAUAGAAUUAAGUUAAAAUAACAAUUUUGUGUUUAAAACUUUUUUGUUUCAGUUUUUAAUAUUCAGUAGAGAAUUUGUUUUAUUAUUUAUCCAGUAUACUUUCAGUAAAAGAUAA